AUGGGCAGACUUAUCAAGAACCACUGGGCGAGACUCAUCACCCUGACGGCCGGUGUUUACCAGAUCGCCGCGGCCAUCCAGGGCUUCCUCUGGCCAAAAAUCUUCUUUGACUUUUUGACCAAGACGCUCGACCCAGCCAUCAAGCCGUUCCCGAUACUGCAAAUUAUCAACUUGGUCAUGGGUCUAUGGAUGAUCGCAUGGGAAUAUCCGCUCGUCUUUGUCGCCGGCACCGGCAUCCACCGUAGCCUCGAGGCCCGUCUCGCGGCACUGCCUCUAUUUGCUCUGGCCGCCAUCCUCACUUACCAAGGCACCAAUGCGGGUCUCUACUACCUCAUUGCCAUGGUCAUCUACUUCUGGGCAUACAGUGAAGGAGAGAUGAUCUGCGCGAAGCCCUGGACUCUGCCUCAAAGAGGUAGCCGUGGCAAGGCUUAA